AUGGCCGAACUAUUUCGAGACACUGUCGUUGGACAGAUGUUGCGGCUGAUUACAGGCAGGAGGAUCCUUCAAUAUCCUGAAGAGCGGGAUGCAUCUAUCGUGCAAAAGUACCUCAAUUCGGAUAAUUCUGCCAAUACAGCGAUCCAUGGAACCACGAACCCUCCUCCCACAGAAGAAAAGGAGGAGUCUGCCGCACGCCCUCAAACUGAUGGGGCCGAGCAAACCCCUUCAGGACGCCCUCCGUCGAGAUCGUCGUCAACAACACUCGAAGAUGGUAGUCAUCCCGUCAACAUUGUGGGUGGGCAGAAAACUGACCCCGAGAAGGGGCGUGAUGCAGAUAUGGUCGACUGGUAUGGGCCGGAUGACCCAGAAAACCCGCGAAACUGGAGCACGCCGAAAAAGUUCUGGGUGACCUUCGAGAUCUGCUUGCUCACAUUCUCGGUGUAUGUUGGAUCGGCCAUCUACAGCGCCGGCAUCACGGACGUCAGCAGCCAAUUUGGGGUCAGCAAAGUGGCCGCCACACUCGGUCUCACGCUCUUCGUGCUAGGCUACGGCAUAGGCCCGAUGCUGUGGUCUCCCAUGUCCGAGGUACCGCAGAUAGGUCGUGGUCCGAUCUACAUUGGAACGCUCGCUCUUUUUGUCAUUCUGCAAGUACCGACAGCGCUAGCGACCAACUUCGGCAUGCUCUUAGCUUUCCGGUUUCUGACUGGAUUCGUCGGGUCCCCGUCGCUGGCAACAGGUGGAGCGUCGAUCGGAGACAUGUACUCCCCAGCCAAGCGGACCUAUGGUUUGGCGGUCUGGGGCAUCGGUGCUGUGUGCGGCCCGGUGUUGGGUCCUCUUAUUGGCGGGUUCGCGGCGGAAUCGGAAGGGUGGACAUGGACGAUCUGGGAGCUCAUGUGGCUGUCUGGGUUCACACUGGUCCUGCUGACCUUCCUAUUGCCUGAGACCUCAUCCGCCAAUAUCCUCUACCGACGAACCAUGCGACUCCGUCGAUUGACCGGCAACCAGAAACUGGUCUGCGAGCCUCAGCUUCUCGGAGAACAAAUGACCGGCCGGGACAUCGUCAUGAUGGUCCUCGUGCGACCGUUCACACUCUCGUUCACCGAACCGAUGGUCUUCCUCCUGAACAUGUACAUUGCUCUCAUCUACGGUAUCUUGUACAUCUGGUUCGAGAGCUUCCCGAUCGUGUUCACCGGCAUCUACGGAUUCAGCCUGGGCCUGGAAGGGACGGCGUUUCUGGGCAUCUUUGUUGGUGUCCUGAUCACGCUUCCCCCAUUUGUCUGGUAUCAGAUGAAGUACAUCGAGCCCAAGUUCAACGAGAAAGGCGAGCUGCAACCGGAAUGGCGACUCCCACCGUCGUUCGUUGGCGCGUUUGCCAUCCCGAUCUGCCUGUUCUGGUUUGGAUGGUCAUCACGGCCGGAGAUACACUGGAUCAUGCCAAUCAUUGGCACCGGCUUUUUCAGCAUUGGGUCGUUCCUCAUGUUCAACAGUGCCCUGAACUAUCUCGCCGACGCUUAUCCUCAGUAUGCGGCAAGUGUGUUGGCAGGGAACGAUUUGUUUCGAUCUUCAGUCGGUGCGGGGUUUCCGCUAUUUGCGACCGCCAUGUAUAACAACCUCGGAGUUGGCUGGGCCAGUUCUACGCUUGCAUUUCUCGCCAUCGCGUUCAUUCCCAUUCCGUUCCUGUUGUUCAAGUAUGGCGAGCGAUUGAGAAGACUCAGCAAAUACGCACAAAAGGAUUACUAA